GAUCUGCACUCAAUUAGUAUCAACCUUUGCUGUCAGACGCAAGCGUGAAUUCUGACGUGCUCUUCUCGCCGUUUUCCAAUCAGCUUGCCUACUGGGAUCCACCCCGGCGGGCAGUCUUGCAGAUGCGCUGUUAGAGGAACGUCAGGAUUUGCAAUGACCAAUAUUUCAGGAUAAUCAGCCAAUUAACAAAGAGAAAUCAAUAGGUAACGUAAUUUAUAUAACGUAAUGUAAAGAUGGCGAGAGUGCUCCACAACUUGCUGUUGUUUACAAUCAGACUUACGCUAAGGAUCAGAGUUUUCGGGUAUUGGUCAUUGAUAUACGGUUAUUGUGCUCUCUGCACUACCGUAGCGUUGCUGAAACUUUGGUGGAACAUAAUUAUAAGGCCGUCAACAACCUUUCAGUGGGGAAUUCGCGAAACUCCCCCUGCUUGCCUGAAUGACACGUCCUUGGGAACCCACUGUUAUGUUAGAAUAAAGGAGUCUGGUCUGAGAUUUCACUAUGUCGCUGCUGGGGAGAGAGGAAAACCGCUCAUGCUGUUUCUACACGGCUUCCCAGAGUUCUGGUUCUCUUGGCGCCACCAGUUGCGUGAAUUUAAAAGUGAGUUCCGCGUGGUGGCUAUCGACAUGCGGGGCUACGGAGAGUCUGACUUGCCCCUAUCUACUGAAAGCUACCGAUUUGAUUACCUGGUCACAGACGUCAAGGACAUUGUAGAAUACCUUGGUUACAACAGAUGCUUCCUCGUUGGCCAUGAUUGGGGCGGGACCAUUGCCUGGCUUUUUGCCAUCCAUUACCCAGAGAUGGUGACAAAGCUAAUCGUCCUGAACUGCCCUCACCCGUCUGUGUUCAGUGAUUAUGCCCUGCGCCAUCCUAGCCAGAUGCUCAAGUCCAGUUAUUUCUUCCUGUUCCAGCUCCCUCGCUUCCCAGAGCUCAUGCUCUCCAUCAAUGAUUUCAAGGCUCUGAAGGACUUGUUCACAAGCCGCAGCACAGGGAUUGGCCGGAAGGGCCGGUGGCUGACAGGAGAAGACUUAGAGGCCUAUCUGUACGUUCUGUCUCAGCCUGGUGCUCUCACCGGGGCGCUCAACUACUUCAGGAAUGUCUUCAGUUCCCUCCCACUCAGCCAAAAUGAUGUCAAGGCUCCGGUUCUGCUGCUGUGGGGAGAGAGGGAUGCCUUCCUGGAGCAGGAAAUGGCCGAGGCGUGCCGUCUGUACAUCAAAAAUCACUUUCGACUCAACAUAAUUUCGGGGGCGAGUCACUGGCUGCAGCAGGACCAGCCUGAUAUCGUCAACACCCUCAUAUGGACCUUCCUCAAGGAAGGCGAGGGACGCAAAAACUACAGGAACUGAAUCUAUAACGAGGCCUCUUCCCCCCCCCCGUCCCCCCCGCCGCACACCCUCACUCGCCACCCCUGGAAGCCUGGAAUAUGCCUGUGAAAACUAACCAACGUAGAGAUAAUGCAAUCAUUCUUUUAAAAUCCUACACAUUUCAACUAUUUUUUAAGAUGUCAAAAUCGAGCGAAAGAACAAAAGCACACUAUAAGGGAGAAGACACAGUAGUUUGACAGUUACUCAAGACCUUUUUGCACAUGACAUCGGCCUUAAAGUUUGUUGGUUGCAACAUUACAAAUGUGUGGCAGAACCUCCUUGUGAGUUGUAUUGUGUGGUGCCUUUUAACUUAGAGUUGUGAUGUUUUGCGGCGUAAAAUGUGCCAGUUCCUCUGAGAUUGAGCUGUGGCGUUGUCUGCUGUAUGUGUCACCAGAUUUCUCCACUGUCUACUUUGGACACGGUCCUUUGGGAACCCUUUCCCUCUCCCUCUAUCAGGUAGUGUUGUUGUCUUAAAGAAAAUGUUGUUCUUUUGUAUUUUUUUGACUAAAUUUGCUCAGAUAUUUGAGAAUGUUGUUAUCUUGAUCUUCCUGUAUAGAAAAAAAACUGUGAUGGUUGAAUAUUGUACUUGUACUUUUUUGUAUCUCUUCCUACACACUGCAUUUUGAAAUCCACUGAGCCAGGUCUGCACCAUUUUGAUUUUGUAAACAAAUAAAAUAUAGUGUGAUGCUUUGGA